AUGGAUGUCGUACAGAAGUUGUUCCCAAACGGGGGCUGGGAUGUGCAUUACCAUAUCUUUGAACCUGACCGUUUUCCAUACUCUUCUAAUAGACACCUUACCCCGCCACCCGCCACAAUUGAUCAAUUUCUUGAACAUAUAAGGAAGUUAGGCAUCACAAAUUCCGUUCUCACGCAUGGACUAUCAUAUGGCUCCGACUGCUCAUCUCUUCGUACAUUUGUUGCUGAGCUUGGUCCUAGUAAGACUAAAGCUAUCGGCGUCAUAGACCCGCAGACUGUAACUGCCGAAGAGCUCGCAAGUAUGCACCAUGAUGGUAUUCGUGGGAUCAGAGUAAAUGUAUAUCAGUACCAAGCAAUGCACGACGUAAAAAGACAAAUGUCUGCUUUACGCGAUCACAGUCGAGUUCUCCAUGAACAUUGUCCCGGCUGGAGCAUGGCCUUCACUCACACGCAUCCCGAGUUUUGGGUGCAACUUAAGCCCUUUAUGGAACAAGAGAUUAUCCCCACUGGCAUCAAAGUGGUUACCGACCAUUUCGCCUUACUCAAGGGUGCCAGUAUGCUGCAAGCUGAGAAAGGCGUCUCUGAUGCUACUCAACAGUCUGGCUUUAAGGAAAUCAUCGAACUCGUGCGUAAUGGUCACAUCUUCGUCAAGAUCAGUGCUCCAUAUCGCGUUAGCAAUCAGGCUCCAAACUACGAAGAUCUCAAACCAUUGGUACGAGCGCUUCUCGAUGCAAAUCCUCGACAGAUUCUUUGGGGUAGUGACUGGCCUCAUGGUCCUCCAAUGACAGUUCGUUCCCGUGAAGAGGCUAUGACCGAGAUUCCAUUUCUCGAGAUCGAUGACCUAGCCUGGUUAAAAAGCCUGCGUUCUUGGUUGUCCGCGGAAGAGUGGAAUGCUGUGAUGGUGACGAAUCCAAGAGCCCUCUAUGACUGGUGA